AUGGAACAGGAUUGGAAAAGCUUGAAAAGGUUCUAUAAGCAAGAUCCUGAAGUUGCAGGGUUUCCUUUGACUGUCACCAAGGACACGGUGCUUCACAUUGCUGUACACAGCAAUGACCCGAAACUGCUCAAAUAUUUACUAGAUAUCGCACUACCAUUCACCUAUAAGGUAACUGAUGUGUAUGGAAAUAAUGCUCUUCACGAGGCAGCUGCCACAGGCAAUGUGGAAAUGGCCAAAAUCCUGUUGAAUUUUGAUAGAGAGCACAAUUCCAGCACAACCGAUGGACAGCAAAAUGAGUCUUCUGUUAACGAGCUACUCGAAAUUAAGAACAAUAGAGGAGAAACUGCACUCUUCAGGGCUGCUGCAUUCGGCAGAACCAAAAUGGUGAGGUUCUUAUGUUCUAAAAUUAAGAACAAGGCUGCUCAUCGUAGGAGAGACGAUUCAACCUCCAUUCUUCAUAUUGCUGUCCUUGGCAAAUACUUUGAAACAGCAUUGCAGUUAAUAGUAUGGGAUGUAUCGCUUGGAAAUGCGAGGGAUGAAAAUGGCAUGUCCUGCCUUCAACUGCUUGCUAGCAUGCCAUCUGCUUUCAAGAGUGGAUGCCUUCCAGAUAUCGGUGGUGAUGACGAUAAGGAGCUGGAUGAUAGUGACGAAGACAAGGACAACAGAAAGCUCCAUUUGGGUCGGAGAGAAGACGUGGAGAGGGGCCAUGGCAGGAUUCCCUCCCUCCAAUCCAGCAAUUCUGGUUCAGGAUUGCCGGCUAUAAGAAAAUUGUGGGACAUAAACAAGAAGCAAAAAGAAGUGCUAGAACUUGUCCAAACAUUAGCUGAAACAGACUCGACAUGGAGGAGCGUAGACCAUGGGGGGUCUGGUUUCGAAAGCAUCUCCCUCUUUAAGGAUGACAAGGAAGAUGAAGCACCAGUAGACGAUGAUGACCUAUUUCAGUCACCUUUUCAUCCUCCUGAAAAAAUUGAACCUAAAGAGACUCCUCUUAUUGCAGCUGCAAGACAUGGGAUAAUGGAGAUCAUAGAAGCUAUUCUUGAUGUGUAUCCACAGGCUAUAGAGCACAUAAACGAGAAGGAUGAAAACAUUUUUCAUGUUGCAGCCAGAUAUCGCAGGGAAGAAGUCUUGAACCUUCUUCAAUCUUCGUAUUUUGUAACACCGAGGCUUGGGAGGAGGAUCAAUCAUGAUGGUGACAGUAUUUUGCAUCAAGCUGCAUACUUAGGGGAGGCUCAUCCUAGGGACAGACCAGGAGACGCCCUACGCAUGCAGUCCGAUAUUCAGUGGUUUAAGCGGGUGAAGAAAAUUGUGCCUGCAUAUUUUGUCAAUCAUCGGAACAAUCAAGGACUAACAGCUCAAGAAUUGUUCAGUAGGGAACACGAUAGCCUGGUGAAAGAUGGGAGCGAGUGGCUAAUGCGAACAACACAGGCUUGUACCCUAGUAGCAGUUCUAAUUGCCACAGUUGCUUUCACCUCUGCCUACACAGUUCCAGGUGGUUCUAACUCAAAGACAGGCCAUCCUUUGCUUCUCAACACCACUCCAUUUCAUGUCUUCACAAUCUCAGACACAAUAUCACUAUGCUUUGCCCUCACGUCUGUGGUGGUGUUUCUGUCCAUUAUGACAUCCAAAAUGCACGAGCAAGAUUUCAAAAUGUCUCUGCCUUUGAAGCUUGUUUUGGGCUUAACUACACUGUUUUUUGCUGUGACGGCAAUGAUGGUUGCCUUUGCAGCAACUCUUGUGCUUAUGAUCAGACAGAGACUUCACUGGGCUGCAAUUCCAAUUUACACAGUUGCUUGCUGUCCAGUGACCAUUUUCCUUAUGCUUCAGUUCCCGCUUUAUCUCAAUAUUGCUUGGUUUACUGUGAGGGACAUGCUGUGGAGUUUCUUUGAGUCGCUACCUCGUUCACGUGCAUGA